GCCUGCAACAGCUUGAUCACCACCCCCCUGGACAGCCAGCACCAAACCGUUGGGAACACGAAAGCUCCCAAUAUUGUCCUCAUCACGUGUCGGGUGCCCAGCCACUGCCUCUUGUGUUGUUCAGCUUGAGAGGCCUGGCCACACCUUCCCCUCUUCCCUGCGCGAGCUCGCCGUGCUUCUUACCGACUCUGGUAUAUGCGUAGGCCGUAGAAGGAAUGUACGGUGCUCUAGCACAUGUGUAAUAACAUAGGUAGGCACUUUGCGAGCUUCACUAUCCUACAAUCCUCCACUCGCUGCAGCUUUCAUAUUCGCGCGCAAAUACGCCUACAGUUACUUUGUGUAGCAUAUAUAGGGUACCAGAGAGCACACUGAGGUAUCUCAUAUUUGACAAACUGCCGCAAUUCAUACUCACGACGACAAACCACCCAGCACUCAUGGCCUCCACUACCAGCACCACCCAGCAAGCCUUCACCUACGUCAAACCCUCCGAAACGGCCACACGCAGCCUCAUCUCAGGCAACACGCCCACCCAGGUUGUCUCCACCAGCUCUCACGACCACGAAGCAGCUGGUGACCGGCCCGUGAUGCUUAGAAAGCACACAGACAACUACGAGCAAGCAGCUGCCGCCGCAGCACGUGAAGGGAAGGCUGAAGGUAUGGGAGCUAUCUCUGGCACUGAUAGACCCGGCUUCCAGAGGCAGGCGAGCUGGGAUAUCCGGGACAAGCGGCGAGAUCACCACGAGGCGUAUUUGAGUGGGCAGCCUGCUGGGAUGGGUUAUUCGAGUGGCGGGAAGUAGGGUG